AUCCGUGGCUCUGUGUUGAGCUGUGAUGGGUUGCUCCAUCACAAUGCGUGUGCAGUUUCGCAAUCCGAGCUGUCGCUUUAAGACAACGAUAGCUUUGUGUCUGAUUAAUUCAAUGUACGGCGACGCGUUAGUGGAGAAACCUUAUUAGACUGCCGGCUGCACAGAGAGAGGAGAGGGGGAGCACUGCGCGCUGCAACACAAUUAGCCUCACUUAGGGAGAAAAACACUUGAAGUUAUAAUAAGGUGUUUUUGAGAUGAUGACAUCUUGAGGAUGGGUUGUUCGGAGUAAAACAACUGCAUCGAGAAAAGAGGUUUUUUUUUCACCACCAGGUUUGGAGUACAUCACAGAGGAGGACAGAAGAUCGGAAGGCAUGUCGUCGGAAAAACACGGUCUUGAUGACUCUAGCCGUCAGACCAUGCAGCCUCCUCCAUACCUCCCCGGCCCGCAAGACCCAAACGUACCUCAGCAUCCCAACAUGCAGCAUCCACCCGGCACCCAACCCAACUACCCUCCUCCCCCUCCUCCCCCGGGCUCAGAUGGAUAUCUCCAAGAAACCCAGUUCCACUGCGGCCCGAUGGGACCUCAGGGGGCCAUGCAGGGCUACUCGGUCCAGACCCAGGGCCCCGGGGGCACCAUGCCUCACGCCCCUGUAGGGUACCUCCAGCCGGGCUACCCGCUCCAGCUACAGCCGUGCACAGCUUACGUACCUGUCUACCCCAUGGCAUCGGGUCAGCCCUACAUCCAGGCGGGGGGGGGCCACCCUGGGAUCCCACCCGGACAGAUUCAUCCCAUGCAAAUGCCCCCCGGAAUCACCCUGAUGGACCGCCGGCCGCCCCACGACUACCUGCCCAUCGCCGUGCUCACCACCGUCUGCUGCUUCUGGCCCACAGGCAUCAUUGCCAUCAUCAAAGCAGUGCAGGUGCGCACGGCGAUAGCUAGAGGGGACAUGGUGACGGCGGAAAUAGCCUCCCGCGAGGCUCGCAACUUCUCCUUCAUCAGCCUGGCUGUUGGUAUUGCCUCCAUCGUGCUGUGCACCAUCCUCACCGUGGUCGUCAUCAUCGCCUCGCAGCACCACGACGACGACUGGGAUCCUUAACUCCUUGCAGUGUCAGACAAAUGGAAAUCAUGGCGUUUACAUAGCUAACUACUCUCAAGCGUUUGGAGGAAAUAGGAGCACUGAGAAUGCACACAAACUGCUAUUGCAUCGCUGGCACACACACAGCUCCGACCUAACCUGCUGCCAUCAAACACACGACCAAAAACAACCAAUCACAGCUGAUGUUCAAACGCCAAAUACAAGCAUCUGUCAAAUGAGGCCCAGUAUUUCUGUUAGUACAGCGAGUGCUUAAUAUUUACACUCUGAAAUGAGCUGCAAAAGGGAAUCUCCUUGUUUUAACAAUUCAUUUGAUGCCCAUUAAUUCAUACAUAGGAUGUUAGGUAGCUACUAAAUUGGACCCAGAUUAAUUGUUUUUAGGAUAGUUAAAUGCAUAUUUUAGUCUUACAAGUACAUUUGUUCUUUUUUUUAUAGUGCCAUGUUGAAGCAGUGUUGAUUUGCAGAGUUGUAUUAUAAGCUUGUAGAAAGUGUUAGAUGGGGUGAUCAAUACACAUUUAACACACCUAAUGGAGACUGGACUGUGUCUAAUGUAAUCAAACACAGAGUAUUUAUUUGAGAUUCAUUGUUUGUAUGUUACAUGGACACUUAGGCUGGAUGAGAUGAUACAUUAUUUAUGAAAUAUAUGUUUUUUUAUUUAUUUAAAUAUCUGUUAUGUAUUAAUUUGUUCAAUGCAACGACUUUCUCUGCUCUAAUUUACAUUAUAUCACUAGUUGUUGCAGCUAUACAACACUCUGAAAUUGGCUUAAAUUUGAUAUCUGAUGGUGAUGCACUUUGUAGUUACAAGACGUUACGAUGCAGCUGCUUACAUUCAUAGUUUUAUAGUGCAUGAUAAAUAUACAUUUAAGCUAAAGGGGUGUCCAGUGCAAUAAUAGCUGUUGGUGGGAAUAUUUCCUAAAGUACAAAUGUGAGGUACAGUAUUUUAGUACAAGCUACUGUCAAAAUAAGAAAUGGAGACAAUUUAGAUAAUUGAAUUUUAGGUUUGCAAACUUUAUUUUUGCAGUAAUUUAGAAAUGUAUUUGCCUAUCUUGUGUUGCACAUCUCUUAGCUAUUUAGUCUCUCAGACACUGUAUAUGAAAAUGUAGUGCACCGUUAAACUUAAGAGGCAACAUAACCCUGCAUGUCAUCCUCAGUUUGUCUCCAUUUGUCUUAAAUAUUGAGGUUUCACUGUUGUAACAAAACGAGUCAGGGUUCAUGUCACAAAAGAGUGUGGUCUCCAAAAUGAAGCAGCAGGUGUGCUGUUAUUUAUAAGAGCCAACAUGGCCGUAACGUUACUGUAUGAACUAUGACCUGAGGUUUCUGGGGUUAUGGGAGGAACUGAAAAUGAAUGUUUCCAAUAAGAGAGAGAUACAUUAUUAAUGCCUAUACUGUAUUGUAGCACUUUCCGCUCUUUGAAAUCUUUCCCUCUCUGUCUCUAUCUUUUUUCCUAUCAACAUGAGUUAUUGGACCUAUUCAUAUUUCCCUUCUGCUACCCCUUUUUCCUCUGUUGGUCCCUAUGAUGAUGCUAUUUUUAAAAGAGUUAUCCAGAGAUAUUUAAAAUGAUGUUUGUUGAACAAAAAUAGACAGUAUAAAUGCAGUUUAUUCUGUAGUAUAUAUUAUGUUAUUGUUAUUAUUGGCAACGGCAUUGCAUUUGAUUAUCACGUAUGUAUUAUAUUAAGUAAAUCUGGGCACAUAUUUAUCAAUCUUCUAAAAACUACAAUUAAUAUUGCUCCUAAAAGACAGCUUAGUAACAAUAACGUUUUGUGAAGUGACUUCCUCCUUUCUACAGCCUGUAACUUUUAUUUGAUUGAUCACAUAUAUGCACAGAUACCAGGAUUUACCCAAUAACUGCCUUAUUACUGAUUAUUAUUUAAAGGAAUAGAUUAGAUUUUUUUUAUUUUCCAGCCGAGGCAGGAGAAUUAUCUUCGAUCUCACCUUAAAAAACAAUCAAUUUUACUCAGUGAGUAACAUUGUUUUUCUGCCAAAACAUGUGAUUUAAUAAUUAUAUGACUGUUCAGAUAACAUAUUAUUAAUAGCUGAAGCCUUUUUGAAAAAAUUGCUUUUAUUAACAGUUGAACUUUGUGGGAAUUAUGCUUAUUCGCCAUCUUGCAAAGCAUUAGAUGAGAAUAUCAAUAUGACUCUUUGUGCUUAUCCAUUCAUCGUCUACUUAAAAACUAAUAAUUUAAAUUAGUGAGUAGGGGUAAAAUUAAGGUUUUUAACACUUAAAUGAAUACUUCACCUACAAAAUAACCAACUGUAUAUAAAUUAUUCACUGUUUUACCUGAAGUUCUUUAGGAAAAGUUAUUUUCUUUUCACGAUAAAUGAAGAAUUUUAGAACCCGGUGAAGUUCUCAUUUAAGCAAAAAGAAAAAUCCCUUUUAGCCGUUUGAUAAAUAAACGCCCUGUGCUAAUAUGAUUGACUGAGUGAUAUUUCAGUGUUAAAAGAGUAAACGAAGCACAGUAUUGUUUAGUAUUAUAAUUGUGCAGAGGGCUCUGACAGUGAGUGUGUGUCUACUGCAUAGAGUGACUCUUAGCAUAUCUAGUUUAUACAGCGCUAGGCUUCAUCUCCCUGUGUGCUUUCUGAUGUGACUUAACAUAGCUGUUUAUACACAGCUGGGAGAUGUGUACUUCAUUUUUAUUUUUGAAAUUAUUAUUUAUUGAGCUUGUAAACGCGAUGGGUUGCUUGUUUCAAAGAGCCAGAAAUGUCCUGUGUACAUGUGGUUCUCUUGAGGUUUAUUAUUAUAAUUAUGUUCAUGGCUGUGUUGCACAUGCGUUAGUUGUUUCUGACUUCAGUUGUUUGAGUAAUGAAUAAAAGAAUCAUUUUUUGGUUGUGAACGAUACACUGUUGAAGACUGUAUAUAUUUUUUCUGUCUGUUUUCCCACUCUCCUGUCUCUCCAUCCUCUCUGUGUCUCUGUGGCCUUUCCUCUCUCGUCUCAUCACUAAGCUAUUUAUAGUUGCCCCGGUUUUUCUCCUUCUCUGUCUCUCUUUUGCCUCCCUCUAUCAGAACAUGAACUACAGUAUCUCUCACUAUCUGCUGCUUGAUCACAUUGUGUUUUACAGCGUCUCAUUUUUCCUACAUUUAGCUUUCAUUGCUUUUUGGUCAUCAUCUUUGCAUCAAUAGGAUUUGUUUGCCUUCCCAUCCAGGAAGCAUUGGUCUGUCAGAACGGUCUAUCACUUUGAUUUGAACUGAUAUAUCUUGAUAACCGUUGGAUGUAGUGGUUUUUUUGUGCCGGCAUUCAUGGUCCCAAGAGGAUGAAUAAUGACUGUCUGAAUUUUCUACAAGCGCCACCAUGAGGUUGACAUUUGUGGGUUAGAGUGCAAUGUUCCAUUAGGCCAAGGAAAGGUUGACAUUCGAUGUGUAGACAAAGACAAGAACAGAAGCAUGAAGGGAGAUAAAAAGAUUUCCCUUGAUGAACCUGUGCAAUGAUGCUGAAAGCAAGCUAACACGAAUCAUUGGCUUUAGUUUUGUGACUAUAUUCCCUCAAAUGUCAGCAACAGAAGCGAAACCAGACUGUGUCUUUUUCUGUGUUUUCACACCUCUGGUUUUAUGUGUGUAGUAGGAGUAGAUACCUAUGCAUUUGUGUGUGCAGCAUGCUGCAGGUUUCUCCCAUAUUACCAGCGACUACCCAUCAGUCCCGGUGCUGUUGCCGAGGUGACAGCCCAGCGAGAGAGCUGCAGGAUGACACAACACACAGCGAGGCAGUAAGCGUGGCUGACCCGGGAGAAGCAGGGUUCUGUGAUGGAGGAGAGAGGCGUGCAGCGCGAGGCCACGUUAAACGAUUCAGAGAUGCUGGCUGUCCUCGGGAGGCUAAAUGGCCAUCUGUGAUUCUGCACACACAGGCUGGCUCAGCUCCCACCUUCAGUAUCUCCAUCAAACCUCUUUCUCUUGGCUAUAUUGGUUACCCUCACUUUUUUCUGAUAGGAUUCAACUACAAACCAAUGUUUUUGCUGAAAAACAAAUGUAAAAUAGCUACACUGCUAGCCUCUUGAGACCCGGAAAAAAGGUUUUAAUAUUUAGAGCAUCUAUGUUUAGCAUCAUUUG